AUGAAAAGUGGGAGGGUGAUCAGCCUGUUCGUGGUUUGGUUACUGCUCUGUUUAGCUGUUUGGAUUGAAGCAAGAUACUCGAAGACGGUAAUUAUUAAUCCAUCCCAUCUUGUAAUAAACAUAUCUCAGUUCACCAAAAUGCGUGCAUUCGGAAUAAAUUCUUCUGUCCUUUAUUCAAACUUUGAUACGGCAAAUUUCUAGCAUGUCGAUCUAUUCCUGUUUUUCCAGGUAAAAGAAAGUCAUCGCAGCGCAGAAGAAAAGCAAGGUAAGUCGAUCAAAGCGAGUAAAUCACAAAAUUCUUACCAACAAGUGAUCGGAUUCACGUUGGUCUGAAGACUGCAGUCUACAUUGAAUCCGAUUAGUGCUUAUAUCCUAUUAAAAAUAUAUCCCCGCAUUUGCGAGGAACACAAAAAAUAAAGAGAUCUUGCUGCCCAGCUUGUCAGCAACCCGUGCGCAGAAGAUUCCGCCAAUUUACCUUUGUCAUUUGUCUCACGCACUGAGAAAACCUCACCCUUACGUAAGGAGUUGUAUGGGUGGCUUUGGUCGAAAGAGUUAUCAUUUAGACAUCUGGCCGGCUAGCAUGACAAGAUCCUUUUUCUUUUCUUUCUAGCACAAUCCCGCACAUGCAAAAAAUCUCCAAUCCUUGCCUCACCAGACACAAAGGGGAACUGUUUAUUGGUGGAUUUCCUUACGUUACAUGCACUUACGCUAAGUGGUUAAACAUUAAGUUUUAUCGGCAGAUAGUACGACCACAGUGCAAUGAUAAACAAAGGAAUCAAUACAUUCUGUCGCUCAUUUUCUAAAAAUUUUGAAGCUUAAGGUCAACCAAAUGUCAUAGGGGGCUAUUUUAUGUCUUUUUUCACGUGCAAACGAAGAUAGUCGCCAAGUGUAAAGAACUAUUUGGUUUCUUCACCACGCAAUACUAGCUUUGAGUAACGCGCGCUAUGUUUAAAUAGUCCUGCUUCCUUGGAUUUUUUUAUUUUAUAUCGAGUACUCUGUGGGCUGUCCGUGGCGGCACGUUACCGACAGAGGAUAUAUAAUUAACUGAGGUCCUCUUGAAACACGCGUUGAAAGCUAAAUACCGGAAAAUUUUUCAACACGCAAAUUGAGUGACGGGAUAAACGUGAAAGCUAGUGAUCCCAGUGAACUAUGUUUACUCCAGUAAAGGGAAGAACAACGCUAGAGGGUGUUUCUUUGACUAAACGAUUUUUUUAUUCGGUCAAAAGAACUCGGUUUAAAAAAAAAACAUUCAAGCCUAUUUGGGGGUUCUUGGCUUUACUCCAUGUGUAUUUAAGUUUCUUUCGAAUAACACCCACUGCAAGUGACCUUUAAAUUGUACAUUGUAAUUUAACCCUUUCGGUAGUAGUUACGGUUUCUUGAAAACAAUGAAAUGACGCAAGUUACUGCUUGGAAAUGGAAGUUCAUAUCGGCGCAGUGUAGUAUUCAGGUCCUAAAACGCAAUGCGUUAUUUGAUGAUUGAAUCACGUCAUAGGAAGUUCCCAAACAUGUGUACGUUAUUUGAUUAAAUCAUGUAAUAGGAAGUUCCCAAAAAGAUGUGCGUUAUAUGAUUUAAUCAUUACAUAUAUUUGCAAGCUUUUUCUCUCUAGUAAUACAAGUUGCAAAAAACUGAUUGCGACCUGCAUACUGGCAACAGAAAUGCCUUACGUCUUGUAACUGAAUAAGACAAAACUAAAACGGACGCAGUCCCAACUACUUAUGCACAAGAAUGCUAAACGUCUUCCUCAGAAAGCCGGCUUACGAUGAUUCAAACAAGUAGUGUAGUUGAUGAUCUCGCAUAUGAACUGGUUGAAGACGAAUCCGCAACAUAAAAAAUUUGAAACUCAUAGCGUAGAUUAACAAACGGUCGUUUUAUUCGAAUCAGUUAUGUUGCGUGUCAAUUCUAAUUCGUGUUUUCUCACACUCAAGUGUUUCCCCAAAUAAUUAGGUACCUUGAGCAAACCACAACGGCGACGGCAAAGCAAAGAGGUCAAUUUAAUGAGUAAAACAAUAGCUCCACACGUGCGUUUUUAAGACUUAUCACGUCUCUUAGCCUUCCUCUGCCAAACAAAAACGUCAAAUCACCAAAAUUCGCGUGGCCCGAGAGCUGAAACUCCGAAGGCCAAUCAUUGCAGUUUCAUUCAGUUUGGAACUAAAAGCUGCUCGGAUACGUCAAGCUAAAGUUCAUGUAAGGUGCUGUAAGAGACGGUAAAAGCAUCCGGUCAUUCUUAAAAUUAUAUGUAGAGAUGUGGACUAAUUUAUUAAUCGACGUGUUCCUUGACGUCGCCGCUACGUUUUUUUUUUUUUUUUUUUUUUUCAAGGGCAUAGCGCGGUUUUCAGUUAUUUUCUUUCAAAAGCAGAAAUUUCAAAACGAUUGACACCAGAAUUUGUCAGAAGUAAAAGCUUACCAAAUGCGAAAGUAAAAAACAAUUACAGAAUAUCGUCAUUUCCAGUCCCCGUGAAUUCCACUAACCACAACUCUUUUGAGUCUGUGGUUAGCUGAUAGUGUUUAAAUUAAAACGUUUACGCACAUUAAGUUUGCUUUAACGAAAUUCCUCCUUAGAGCAUGUUAUGCCAAACCACUCAUACCAGAGCAUCAAGAUAUUCAAAAGAUAUGGAAGUGCCAUUGUUUCUAGUGAGAAGAGGCGGCAGCACAAUCUUAGAAUGUAGUAGUGCUCUUAUCUUCGCGAAGUUGCGUAAUUUGUUUUAGUAUGGGGUAUACAACAGAUUCAAUGUUAUAAAUGGAUGAAUUAGAGAGUUAAAAUGAAGACGAUAGAUCAUAACUUUUAUGCUUUCAUGCUCCAUUUCUACCAGUAUCGGAGCUGGCGUUCAGUCCUCUGAUUUGCUUAUUGGUAUUGAAAGAUGAGAAUGACUUAACUGCUACAGCAAAUCUUAUAAAAGUCUGACGUUACAAGUGCACGGUGCAUUUCAUCAGAGGAAAGGGCGAAUCAGACUAAUUUUCUGUGGUAUACUUAAUGUAUAAUGUUCAAACCAGCGCUAAUGUUUAAACCAGCGUACACAAUCCAUAUAUUUCACCUGGCACUGUCUACAAUGACAGGUUAAACAUGAUGUUCGGACAUGUUUCAGAAGAUUAUUGUCGCUUAUGUCUAUCUUUUGUCAAUGAGAGGCAGGUUUAUGUGUAAUGUCCUCCUAGUUGAUUCAUUUUUAAAUGCAUCAUCAUUUCCGAGUAAUUUAUUGGAUUAUAUGUAUGAAUUAUUUCCUGAACAAGCUAUACCAAACGGAAGUAAGUGGAGUGGACAAACAACUGCUGUUUCAAAGAUGGAUAAUAAGAGUUUAGACGGCCAAAUAACUGGAGUAAGUCGAAGGUUCAUGAAGACCACGCCUUGAAGUGCUGGCUACAGUGCCAUAAUGACCUGCCAUUACAAGUUUUUCUCUGAUUUCCAAUUUCCGCAUUAGACAAAAGAGGUCAUCAAAACGCCAGUAAAUAUUUCACUCGCAGCCAAAAUAUCUUUUUUGAAAAAAUAUUUCUGGCAUGCUUUUGUCCCAUACUGCACAAUCAUUGCCGACGCUCAUUCACGCCUCUCCGUCCCAUCAUCCUCACGUCUACUCCUUUGUGACCAUGCAUAAGAAAAACUUACUUUAGCGUUUUUCCGUUAAACGGGUAAAAGCUAACGAAUGGUUAACGGACGGAUGAUAGCAUGCAAACUGUUCUGGCGAACUUGCAGGAGCUCAAUGAAAUGAGCGGUUUGAUCAUUGCCAAGACUGUCUCUGAAAUUCCAAGAGCAAUCUUUUUAGCGGAGAUCGUUAUUUAUCAUCAGAUGCAAACUCUCCUUUGCUGUGUAGCCGCCGAAAACUUAUCAAAACCAGUUCCACCUGAACGAAAAAUGUAAACUUGUACUGAUCUGAGGACAAUAUCAUAACCAUAUAAACCGGAUUGUACUCAUGAUUUAUACCUACGGAUAAAGUGAGCCCCUUUGAGCCUUCUGAAAGAUCUCCGCAAAGUCGUUGAAUUUAUAAAGCAUAUCUAGCCAUGGCCAUCGAUGGCUUUAUUGAUUUGAAGGAGUUUUAAACAUCACAAAGUUGAUCUUAACGCGCGAAGUCUUGAACAAAUGCCUCCAAUAUCGCUAAACCUUUCUGAUGCGCUUAGCAGAUUGCUUCAGGAAAUUGGACCCCUCCAUCUAGAGAUAGCUUUUCCAUCUGUCUUUUAUACAAGAGAAAAGGCCUGUAUUGUCAGAAAACGUGAGAAAGACUUUUCAAUAAGUUGGCUCUUGUGUGUCAUUGAUUAAUUCGUUGACUGAUCUGCUGAAUCAUUUUUAAUAGAUUUCUUGAUCAAAACAUUGGGAGAGUUUGACAUCACUUACCCAACUGAGUUAGAUCACCGUGAUGAGGUGAUCGAUCAUGUGACAACCCUUUCCAGCCAUCGACGUCGCCGGAGGAGCCUGACAGAAGAAGCUGGGCCCAUCAUCUAUCAGGUAUCAUUAGACCCUUUCCAACAGUUGCUCCACUUUAAGUAGGAAUUGCCAGAAUACUCAUGUGACUCGCACGUUGUAACUUUCAAAACUUCAAGCAUAACUUAUUAUAUUGGGAUAAACGUGCAAAUCUGCCUUGAGCAUGAAGGAAGGCGUGGUAUAUUAGUUUGGUAAGGUAGAGGUAUGUUAUGAUGAGAAGAAAAAGCUUAAAAGGAACGAGGAUGGGAAUGAAUGGAGAGGACUGAAAUUAAAACGGAUUAAAUACUUAUAAACCCAAGAAUAAAAAACUGUGAUAUGACGUUAGUAAGGGUUUUGUUUGUUAAAGGCUACUUACAUACUUGCACUCAGAAUGAACUUAUGCUUGAAAGUGUUAGAGGCUUACCAGAGAAGGCGUACGGCUUGGUUUUCAACCUGGAUUCGUCGAUUUGUCUACCCGUCUAUCUAUUGAUCAUUUAGAUUUUGUUUUCUUUUUUUUGUUUUGUUUCUGCAGGUCCAGUUUAAAGGAAAGACUAUUAAAUUAAACCUACGAAUAAACACGUUGCUUCUCGGAUCAGAUUUCACUACCGAGCGAUAUAAAGAAGACGGCACUAUUGAAAGAACCAAAUCCUCAGACCUUCACUGCUAUCUUGUCGGCGAAACAGAAUCAUUUUACAGUAGCGUGGCUAUAAGUGAUUGUGAUGGACUGGUACGUAUUGUACUCUCAAGGAUCUACGCUUGAUCCGAUAAUUACAACUCGUUCGCUCUUAUUGUAAUGAUUCGAUUUAGCACCCGGAGCGCUUAUUUACUUAUGGUACUUCAAGAGAGGGCGCUUAUCAGGGAAAGGCGCUUUCUCUCUUUUGAAAUAGCACAGUGUGUGAAACAAAGUUCUGAUGUUUUUUCAAAAUGGAACAUUAGUAGGUAAUGUAUAAGUAAUGAGGUAGCCAUCCUAGGGAGGAAGGGAGUGUGAUAAGCCUUGCUUAUCUGAAAGGGCAUAUCAUUACUAUUUAAAAAAAAAGGAAAUGUUAGCUUGGAGUACUCAAGGUGACACAAUCCAAAUUAUGAAAUAAAGAAGAAUAAAAAAACUGUUGGUCAGAAAAAAAACGUUAUUUCCAAUCUUUUUGCCGUGAAAAAAUGAAGCUUUGUUUCUGCUUUUUACCAGCCGUUGAUUUACUGGCCGACGAUGUUAAGGAGUUAUUUUGACGGGUGGAACGCGCUUUAGUGGCCGUUUUCGUUCUAGAAAUAUUAACAUGACAGUAAGAUUGGGACUGUAUGAGCUUCCUUUGGGAAUUAGGAACUGUAAGGCCGUGGCUAAGGGGGACCGCUUUUGGAUGUUUGACUUUACUCUUUUAAAAGCUUCAUCGACUAGAACUUCUUGUAAUAAGAAUCACUUCAUGAAUCGUCAGUAAAUAGCUUUAGAGAUUAUAACCCUCUAGUUAAAAAAAGGAAAAUUUCUCUCUCUUUUCCAGGCAGGAAUCAUAGAUCUCGGAAAUGACACAAUUUAUAUCGAGCCUGUGCUUAACAAAAGCCUGGUGACGCAUCGAGGCUGGACCAGACCAGGAAGACCUCAUCUGAUGUAUAGAAAAGCUGUCUUAGAAGAAGAAUAUCCACAUAACUUGGAGUUUGACGAGUUUCAAACGGAGGACUACCCUACAGGACUGAAAGGUUUGUCGACAGAUAAAUUCCCCAUUCUAUAUUUUUGAAUAAUAAAUAAAUUAAUUCCUCUUGACAAAUAAGCUGUAAACACUAGUCUUAUUUUUUUGACUAGCAUAUAAAAGAAUAAUAGAACUAUUGCAUCGAACCUAUACUUUUGAGAAAGAAGUUCUUUGCAAGGAGCUUUUUGAAUUCAAAGCAAAAACAUUUUGUUUGAAACGAAAAUCAGUCGUCAUUGGUGUGAUUUAACGUGAGUUUUGAGAGUGGCGCGCUAGAAAAUUAGAAGUGCGUCUAAACAACUCAGCAUUCGGACAUACUGGGUUAUCUGAGCGCCUCAGCAGCAAAAUAUCUAUCAAAAGUUACUCCAUUUAGGACCGAUAGGAUAAACACGACAGUUUCUUCGUGGUCCACGUCCCCAAAAUCUUUAUGUAACCAUUUCUUGAAAUAAGAGCAGCUGUUGUUUUGGUCAGAACUAUUCUUGCUAAUCGUUUUUGGCGCCCAGACGACGUGUAUUUAACAUUCCAACGUAAAAAAGGGGAGUGAUAAAAAUAAAUAAAGAUAAAAAACAAACAAACGAAUGGCGAUUAUCCCAGAUUACGACUUUUCAAAGAAGGAAAAAAAUUUUUUUUCAUCACAUUUCAAAAGGAGACUAUUGAGGCGAUGAUAAUUCUCUUAAUUGAAUAAUCGACUUCGUUGAGUUGUGGAGUGCCCCAGUUGUUAAAAAAUUUACACUUUCUCCUAAAGCAAAGCAGGCUGGAUGAUACGCAUGACAGAAUCAUGACAGAAUAAUUUCCGUAAACUAGCGCAGAUAUUCCGGUGUGCUGAAGUCGAUGCAGUCUAAAGUAUGCUGGCCCGCUAAUAGACCAGAAAAGAUAGAACAGAACUUUUUAGAAAGGACAACAUAUGUUGAUUGUUUUUUCUUUAUUUGACCUACAUAUGUAAAGCUAUUUAACCAAAGUCAAAUUGUACGUAUUAUGGUCGGCGGAUAAUUCGAGAUAAUUCGUUUGAGUCAAUCACCCGACGACAAAAAGUUGAACUUUUGCUUUCAGUCAUAGCUUGCACUAUAAACACGGGUUUUAGACGGCAAGUGAAGUAUAAUCCGCUUCCAAUUCGAUUUGUCGAGGAACUUUAGUUUGUCGUCAAUUCACAGGGUGUUACCGUCUUGCCGACAGAUCCGGAUAAACUCCUCAUCAGACUGAUGACUAGCCAUUAAUUAUCUAAAUCUUAACAUAUCACACAAGCAUUAUUUCCGAUAUUUCCGAUAAGAAGGCGGAAAUGUUGAUGCGGUACGUUUAUCACAAAGCUUUCAAAUAGAAAUGAUCGGCACUCUCUUUACCGUCGCUAUGUUCAUCAUAGAACGAGCCAUUAGUAUAGGAAUUAUAAUCCUCUUAAAGGAGGAAUAAGCUCCGAGUCUAGGUAAUUUUUUCAUAGUUAAAUCAAAUAAAUUCUAUUUUGACCCACCGAUGACAUCCAAAUAAAGAAAGAAUCGUUGUAGGUAAACUGCAAUUGCAGUAAUGGUAGAAAAUUAAAGAAGCAUUCGGAAAAGAAACCCAGGCGGCGAUGGGAUGCUAACCUGCGCCUGCUAGACACUACUUGGUUCUUCAUCUUCACUAUUAAAAAUAUGUACAGAAAUUUACUUGUUUCUGUGUUCUGAAAUGCUCGAGGGUUAUUGUAUUCAAAUGCGCAAAAUUCGACUCUGGACGCCACCAGUUUGAAAACAAUUCAAUUAGAUAAACGGAGAGUGAAUGUUUCCGACGCAAAUUGAAUAUAUAUAUAUAUAUAUAUACAUACAUACAUACAUACAUACAUACAUACAUACAUACAUACAUACAUACAUACAUACAUACAUACAUACAUAAAUUAUACAUACAUACAUAUAUAUAUAUAUAUAUAUAUAUAUAUAUAUAUAUAUAUAUAUAUAUGUAUGUAUGUAUGUAUGUAUGUAUUUACGCGAGUUUGAGUUUGACCAUUUCGCCAGUUCUUGUUCCAUAUUGUACGUGUAAGUUGUAAAAUUCGGAAGUUGCCGAGAAUUUGAAAUAGGUCAGUUUCUAUUGUGGUAUUUGCUAACUUUUGGGGAGAAGCUAUGAAAUCAAAACAAUGCCCUGUGAAAUGUCCUCACGUAGAUGGUUUUCCUUUGAAAAAGAACAGACCAUUCAUUACUGAGUUGUAAAUACAUGUUUAGUGCAGUUUGUUAAUCAAUGGUUGGCUUGUUGAGCCACCUCGCCGUAAGCCUAUGAAUUCGCCACCCCGCCUCCCCGAAUCAAUAGCAUUAAAAUCAUCAUCAUCAUCAUCAUCAUCAACUUUGGGCCGAGUGAUUAACGAUUUAAAUUUAAACUCUCGUAUCUUUUGUCUAGCAGUCUAGACUGGACAAAAUAACUAGUCUCUUUAAAAAAAUAGCUUUGGCUAGUCUAGUUUUAGGACAUUUCUUUUGUUACGUAUUUUCCUCAUGUAUUAAUUACAGAUAUGCUGUUGUUGUGUGCUGAAGAUUGUUGCUAUGGCAUGUUUGUGCAGUAAUAACAGCAUUCCACCCUCACCCUCUCCGCCGUUCCCCCCCCCCCCCCACCUAAACCUUUCUACCUUUCUUUCAAACGGGGGUCGAUUCUGUUCUUAAUCCUUGUUUUCAGUUGUUCGAAAGGUUCUUUCCUGGGUUAACGAGUUUUUUACCACCACAAAAACCGACUCUCUAUAAUCUGAUUUGAAGUGGAGACAGUGAAUGCGCAACAAAAAUUCCAUUUUUUUUCACUUGUUUUAUUUUGCUUUGGUGAUUGCGUCACUUGAAUUAAACAAGUGUUUAGUGCUUUACAGCUUCACUUUCUAGUGAUUAAACUAAGCAUGUCAAACUCCACUGGAGCAUAAUUAACAGAGGGAAAUUCAUUCAGGGAUGUUUCACUGAUGACCUCCAAACAUAUUACAACAUUUUCCUUGUAGCGGACGGAGAACCGAAUGAAGCCGAAGCAGCUCGCUCUUUAAGCGCUUACCUUCAAAUAAUAAACCGCUCAGGCCGAGCGAUCAAGGUGAUCUUGAUAUACAUUCAUCAUUCUUGAAAAUGGUUGAGAAGGCUGCCUUUAGUUAAAAGUGGCUUAUGAGACCACUCCAUUCAUGAAGAGUACUCCAUUAUCAAUAAGAUUUCCGCCUAGAUCGAUCAAUUCUGAAAUCGUCUCCGAUAAUCUAAAAGAAUGAAAAAGGAAAAAGGGUAAAACCAUCAAAAGAUAAUUAAUCCUUUGUGCAUUUACCGGUCUGGUAGGUCUAUACCGGAAAAUGGUAAACGCCUCUGAUAUCAAAUGUAAAUUGUCGUCACCCAUGAUUUUACUCGGUAUAUGUAACCUCUUUAUAUUCUUCACAUUUUCAUAAGGGGGCUCGCUUAAUAUUUCAUUUGACGUUCCCCUUGUAACGCUCACUCCAAUAACUAUUGUUUAAUGGUCAGUUAAUUUACUUAUCCUUCGCUCUGACGAAGGGGUAACUUUCGAAACUUCAGCUUUAGAAACUCUUUUAAGUGGCCAUUUUACAUUAUCAACUCUGUUUAUAAAAACCAAAUUGUCUAGUAAUAACUCUCACCGACGCAGCACCACAGUUUUUGUAGAAAUUUAACAUAUUUAGUUCACUUAUAUGUCAAUCGAUCAAGGAAGUAAGCAAUCAGCCGUGACCAAAUAAACAACGGUUGACGGGGCAUUUUUUAAAAUAUGGUAUAUUUUCAUUGAUGACAGCUGUAUUAUGUCUUCGAUGGAAAAGAAAAAUACUUUCGAAUCUUAACAAAAGGAGCAACACUGGAACUAGAUACUUAUACGGUUCAUAAAUGGAUAGCUAAAGACUACGACACCGGCAAAGCGCUCUUUCUCAAUAGGGAAAAGACUUACACACCACCAACAGGCACCAAUGCUAAAAAACCAGCCAAUGUUUACGUCACUGUACCACGUGAGUUACACACCAAGUUUAUCUGUCUCGACAACGUCAUAUGUGGAACACAGCAGUCAAACGUAGGGCAUGCACGAGCUCGAGGGUAUCAGUUUUGCGCGCCUGCUCGCCAAUUUCCCGCGCGAAAUUUCCAGGGAAAAGAUAUGAAGCAACGUACCGUUGUCUCGCAAAACGAUUUAGAAAUCUGGAAAAGCAAACAAAAUAGGGAGAAGGAAAACUCGAGACUUAUUGAACACAAAACUUAUUCAAGUAAGCGCAUCAGGUUAAUUUAUCGUUCUGUUUUGAGUCUCACUAAAAAAGUUAGACACUUCUCAAACACCGUGAUUUACUGGCCUGUGUGGUUGUUUGCAACUUUUGUGAGACAGCAUGGUUCGACUGCAUGAAAGCACGCCACCCAGUCAGUAAAAUGUUCGUACAUUUUCAAAUGUUUGACCGUUGUGUUCAUCUAAAGGGGUUGGAUUUAUUCGCUUUGCUAGAUUUAUUGUUUAAGAGAGAUAAGUCGUGAGAAAUUAUUGGCCCAUUUCUGCCCGUCCAGAUUAUCCUUGUUUUCACAGAGGAACACAUGUAGGCGUUAUACUAAAAUGAAUUUUAGUCUAUAAAAAUAGGAGGAUUAGCCUCUUAGGGCUGGUAUUUAGCCCUUGAUCCUCCAUUAACCUUUAAAUCCUUGCUGUGAACCCAUUCAAGUCCAUCGAUGGAAUCUACACACCUGUCAUUCUUUCCACAUGACGCAAGCAUUUUGUUAUUUUUUAGCUGGACUUAAGCUUCCCGACCCCUUGGGUCCCGCUCAGCCAAACAGCCACAUAACAUUCAUCAACAAAUCAAAUCGCUUUGUGAAGGUGAGGCGUCCUUUGCGUCUUGUCGAUAUUAUAAAUUAAAGGAACAGGAGUAUAUUUUCCUUAUAUUCAGUCAGUUCUCUUAAGAAAAAAUAACGCAUUGUGAAACAGGUAAGUGAGUUAUGAGAAUAAAGUAGAUAAACAACUGAGGGGUGUCUUAUGUUGUCAUCUAAUCUUGAGCCAAGCUUCUGCUUUACUGGAAGCAUAAUAAGCAGGCUCGAGAACAGACAGCGUUUGAAGCGUUUAGUGUUAAAUCCUCUAAUAAUUGGCUAAGAACUCGUUCGAAAAUUUUGACCAUCAGUAUUCAGGUUUCCAUAGUUGACCAUCGAAGAACCAGGAAUAUUCAUUGGAGGUUCUUCUUUUUGCUCCCAAACCAAAAAGAAUGCAAAAUUCUGCCCUGUGGUGCACUACACUGUUUCUUCAUUCAUUUCUUUGAAUCUGUUUGUUUUCGGUUUCCCUCAUGUUAUGCGCAAGUUCUGCAAGAUCUCAGACAUUUUUCUUAUGUAUGAUUUUUCCUCUGUAAUGUACGUAGCGAUGGAGGCUGCCUAUACUUGUGCCUUUUGUUUGAUUGUGACCGCUGCAUGAUAAGUAAUCCUCGCGGAAGAGUCUCUUGACCUUGCCUAAUUUUCUUUCCUUUCCGUCUCUCGAAGAUUUACUACAUCGAGGAUGGCGAGACGAGAUUUUUUAGCAAUCUUUCUCCUGCAGAGGAAAUGCAUGUGAAUACUUUCACCUCUCACCGGUGGUUUGCCAAGGACCUGGAUACAGGCAAAUCUUUCCUUGUGAACGGAGAAAAACAGUACAUCCCGCGGGAAUCGCAUAUUGAUCGUCGGAUACAUGUUGCCAUUACCGUGCCAAGUUCGUGAUAUUUUUGCCGUAAAAAAUUUAUUAUGUUUUAAGUGACCCAAAGUUGUGGUUGAUGAUAAUAACAAUGAUGAGGAUAAUGAUGCUGAUGAUGAUAACGAUACUGCUGCUGCUGCUGUUGAUGAUGAUGAUGAUGAUGAUGAUGAUGAUGAUGAGCAGCUGCUUCAUUACGUUUCCCUAAAAUAUUAAGAUUUUUUCGAGAUUUUUUGAAAGUGCCUCUCACUUUCAUCUAAGCCUUAUACACUUACACCAGAAAGCCAGCUCUAAGAAGCACGGACUGUACUCACAACUUAGUGCUCUCAUGUUAAGAGAAUAUCAAAUAUUUUCAGCGUACGUACAUGCUUACUGACCCUACUGCUUUGUCAAGUAAAUAAAUUGCGGUUUUCAUUGGUAAACGAUCUCCAUUGGUUUCACAGGUACAAUCUCCCUGCCUGAUAUGAAGUUCCCUGAAAUGGUCAAAACCCAACCAAAAUACAUAGAAGUAAUGGCAGCCGCUGAUAGUUCUGUGGUGAAGUUCCAUGGCAAAGAGAAAGCAGAGAAAUAUGUCUUAACUUUGAUGAACAUAGUAAGUAAAUUCCUUCAUAUCUUUUCUAUUACCUAUUUACGGCGGCAAAUUUUAUAUUAUCAACUUAGUUGAUAAGACAAAAUUAUAUUGCUAUACUCCACAGAUAAAGCACCGAAGUUUCUUUAAAACUCACCCCCUUAUACCAAAGGAGGACUGUUACCGACAGUAGUGACUACCAUUUCUACAAACUGAGAGGAAGUCACUAUCAGAGAGUCAAGACUUGACUUGACUAGAGUACCUUGACUGAUGAUAACUCCCGCUCAGGUUGUCGAACGUCAGUUGCCGACAAAAGCCCUUUUCAGAACUGCUCUCACCCAAAGACACCCAUCACGAUCAAGUGAAGCUAAUUAAGCUGGUCCUUUUGUGGGGACUCUCUUUUUGCAUCAUCGAGGUGGAUGUAAUAGAAUAUCUCCAUGGUGACAUAGCUAGUCUGUAACUGUCCUUUUUCAAUGUUUCUUUUGUCACAGGUCUCCAGAAUAUUUCAGCACAAGUCAAUUGGUGCUCCUAUCUAUUUUGUGGUCGUUAAACUUGUUCUUCUGGAAAGAGACCCGGUAAGACACGAUUCCUAAUAAUUUAUAGAGUGUGAAGUUUUCUUAAGUUACGUUCACUUGGACAGGACGGCGCGGAAAAAGUCUGAUUUUGCUUAAUUUUCCCGAUCUAAUCGUUGAAUCACGUUUUCACGUUUGUUUGUAAAUUGUUUCCAGUGCUGCCCCUUCAAUAAUUUCAUCAUUCAGUAUUGCGAUUGAAGGAAAAUAUUCGUGCAUAUCCCGAUAUGGACGACGCGAUUCAUGUGGUAAAUACGUAGUAAGCUGCCAUGAGAAUGAACAGAACAUCAGGAUUAGGGCAGGAGUGUUUUUUGCUCAAAGGUUCAAAUCUCACCCUAGAAAUAACGGUUCCAGCUGAUUUUCAUACACUCGUAUUCUGCACGUCCGAUGUGCAAAGUAGGGACCGUAGUUUAACCCUUUACCCACCAACAUCAGUAUGCAUAUUCUCCAUACUGUUCUCUAUACAUUUCCAAAGAGGCUGACAAGGAGAAUUUGUGUAACAGUCAAGGGCUUCUUCAGUUGAUGAUCAUUUCUUCUCUUCUCAUAACUUUCAUGUUUGAUUCAGGGGUGAUUAAGUAAGGAGAAACAAGAUACUAGUCACUCUUGGGGGCUAAAGGGUUAAGCAAUCAGGACGGCAACGCUUAGGAAAACGUCGAUUAAAAAAAUUAAUCUGUCUUUUUCUUCUAAGAAUGUCUAGAAUGAGUGGAUGCGAUUACCGUCUUAAACGGCGUCAGACCUCAUCUUCAGCGUAAGAUUUGUGAGCAACGUUCAGUUCUAAAUGGAAACAUAAUAAUUAGCCGUCAGUGCCGCGCAACUUUUGGUGAUUUUACGUUGUUGUUCUGCAGAGGACGGCUAGGAAAUGUACAAAAUUUUAAAACGCACGUGCCGUUGUGUGCUUAUAAAAUAUUCUGUUUUGCCACUUUCUCGUUGCCGUCGCCAUCGUGGUUUGUUUAAGUCUCUACUGAGACGUUUUGAUCGAGUUUGCAGCGUGGGCUGUGUAAAGUUAAAACAUAUUGCAAUUAUUUGUUGUAUCUUAGAGAGAAAUCAAAAUUACCGGCAAACCGAUGGCAAGCUUAUCAAGUGUUUGUUACUGGGGCCAUAAGACGAGGAAAGGCUUUGACAAAGUCGACAAAGAUUUUUACGAUCAGACCGUGUUUCUUACAAGGUAACAGUCUUUCACUUGUACCAUAUCAUAUGCAUAUUGGGUAAUCUGAGUGAACGGAAUCUGCGAAAUGUUACUUGCGUCUGUCUUUAAGGGCAUCGGUAGUCAGGGGCGACGCCUACAAAGAAGCAAACUCCGAUCCCAGUUGAAUAAAAUACAUAUACGUUACUGUCACAUUUGUGUCACCAUUGAAGGGACAACUCUCUUUGGAGGACUUCUGGCGGAUAUUUUCAUUUAUUCUUACAAGAUCGUCGAGGCUUUCCGAACACUUCGGAAAGUGUCACUUAUUAUCGUAACUGCUUUGUACCUGAUCGAAUGUGUAUCUUAUUAUUGGGUGCGAACCGUAUCUUUAGUAGGAACUCUUAAUUGCUUAUCGUGUAUAUCGCUUAACUAAUGUGCUUUUGUUUUGUAUCUUUUAUCUUUUCACAGAAAAGACUUUGGACCUUCAGGUACUAGACUUAAUCGAAGCAGUUUCUUUCGACUGGUCUGUUGAGGGAUGCGAACUUGAAUGUGCAUUCAUCAGUAUACCUUUCAUUGUCUUUCGUCAUUGAAAACUGAAUUCGAGCUAAUUAAACCAAUUUUCAUCAUUGAUCUAUUUUUUUUAUUCGGAAGGCUUGUAUCAGUCUGAGGUUUUCCUGUAAGUUGAAAUUAAUUAUUUGAUUUUGCUAUGUUGACGAGAAUAUUAUUAUGAGAAUCGUAAACGAUGAGGAAAAACUGGAAAGAUGUUCAUAAGGUCUCCAGGUGUGCCGGUUUCAAGUCUGUCAUUGCCGCUGCUCGGUAAUGUAAAGGGUCUGACGCAUGCAAAGCAUUUAUUAUUGUUCUCUACCAGUGUUUAAAUCAUUCCAUAUUCAAACGUUGCAAUAAGUACGAGUUUUAAACCAAUUGAAUUGCCGAUCUCUAGGUUACGCCCCAGUUCACGGCAUGUGUUAUCGAGUACGAAGCUGCACUCUGAACGAAGAAGACGGAUUCACUUCAUCAUUUAUCAUCGCUCAUGAGACAGGACAUACGUAAGUUGUAGCUCAUUGCGCAUAGAUUAUUGUGCAUUUUGCAACAUGCGCUGAAUCUUCGUUACGCAUUAAGCGUUGCGCAUGUUAUACAGUUUAAAGAGCUUGGUGUUUGCGUAUAUAUAUAUUGCCAGUGAAGUUUCAGAUCCCAUAAACCUACUUUUCUAGUUACAUAAACCGAACAAAAACACGAUACUUUCUUAUUAUAAACAGGCUAGGAAUGGAACAUGAUGGAGUGAAGAACAACUGUUCUAAUGACGUCAUCAAAGGCAGUAUCAUGGCGCCUCUGGUGCGCUCCCGGUUUGACCGCUUUUACUGGUCUUCCUGUAGUCGGCGGGAUCUGAUUACGAAACUCAGGUACGUCACAGGAUUAUGUAAUGCCAUUUAUGAUUAACUGGUCGGUUGAUUUGUCGAUUAUUCCCAAAAAUGAAAAUAUUUUAUGCCUUAUCAUCUUACCUCGCAUCAAAUUACCCGUUAGCGUUUUACACCAUUUUAUCUUAGUUCUCCUCCUCAUAAAGAAAAUUAGAUUGUGUUUUUAUAAUUCUUAGUCACCUUAAAAAUUUUUUCACUUUUUUUUCUUUGUGUUUUUUUUUUCGUAGAGCUCUUUGGUGUAUAGAUGACGUACCAUUUAGAAAUGAAAUACCAUACUUGAAGAAGCUUCCAGGCCAGAUUUACUCUAUUGAUGAACAAUGUCAGCGUGAAUUUGGUAAAAAUACCAGAUUCUGUAGCGGGGUUAGUUCAACUAGUUCAUUUUGUGCGAUAGAAGAUAUCGAAGGAACCGUAGGUCCAUGAUAAAACUCUCUUGGGUCUUAAUGAGUGUCUUAUGUGAGGUGAUGGUUGUUUAGUUCGUGCAUCUUAAAAAAUAGGCGUAUAUUUGAGUUGUUUUUAUGUACGAUCCCUGCCACGUUUUUUCUUCUUGUCUUUUUUUUUAGAGCUGUUUUCAAUUGAGCGUCGAAAGUAAUCCAUGAUAACUUUGGUUUUGCUCAACUUCACUCGACGAUUGUCUAGAAAACUGAGGCCACCCUCUCGAUCAAUCAAAUUCAAAACUAAAAUCAAUCCUGAUUUGAACAAUCUCUUGUUUUCCUGCCUUUCAUGCAUUAUUCCCGUUAUUUCUUGGUGCUCUAAUUGACUAAUCAAGACCUUCGCUCAGACUGAUUGAGGUUACAUUGGUUUUGGUUUUUGGAAACUCAGUGAAAACUGCUCUAUACUUGUUCCCUUCUACUUUAUUCUUGCAAAUUGGGCGUCUUUGCACAGAACUAUUGUUCUGACACUUUUUAUGCUAGUUUACAUUUCAGAAACGACUGAAGUUACGGUGAUGUAGCUCGGUUAUAUUCCUGUAGUUGCUCUCCUUCGCAAAUUGUAAUUUGGAUUUUUUUUCGCUUCAACUUGGCAGAUGAAGCGCGAUCCGUGCAAAGAGUUAUGGUGCAGCCGUUUGUCCUUUUCAUCUUAUAACAACCGCUUUUGUCAAACAAGACGUACAGCGGCCUUGGAAGGAACAAAAUGCGGAGUUGAUAAAGUGAGAUAUGAAUUAAGUUUUUCUGCUUGAUUCUGAUAUAUACUAUAUACAGCAAAAAUUAUACCGGUCAUAAGCUGCACUUGAAAUAGGGAGGACUCUUGACACACAUUCAAGAAAAAUUCCUGCUUUAUCAGUCUCUAAUAAGCCCUUCAGCAGUUACAAGAACCUAUACGGAAGAUUGAUCAAAUUGUCAGACUGCGUUUUGCCGAUAAAUAAGACCUUAUCAUGUCUCGACGUAAUGCUUUUACUCUACCAGUUGUGCGCGUAUAAUCCUUCAUGAUACUUACUGUUGUAACGGUUUUCUUCUACGCCAAAGAAAGGUCCGGUUGAUGUUAAAAUUUUAUUCUGAAGCAUAAAUGUCACAUGCAUUUCCAACGAACUCAGCGUUCUUUCAACCGCUCUUACGUUGUCUCAAUUAGAAGGCGAUGAUUCGGUACAUAUCUAAGUCAACCCAAGACAGGACUUUGUUUCUAUAUGUCAUUUAAAUAGCGACUGUCUGAAGAACAACUGAAUGUUUCUAUUCCCCAGUGGUGUCGAUUGGGAGAAUGCGUCCCGGUGGAUGAUGAUGAUGUCAGCAUUCCUCUGCCUCGACCAAAAGUUAAACCGGUUCAUGGUGGCUGGAGUGAAUGGAGUGGACUCAGUGAAUGUUCAAAACCGUGCGGUGUAGGGAUCCGUUACCAAACAAGGAAGUGCAAUAAUCCAGUGUAAGUGUUGUCACAGUUUAAAGAAUCGAGUCAAUAUUUAGCACCGUAUGUUAGAUUGAGAGGAUGUAACGGAUUUCAUUCACACAGUUAAGGUGAAUGUGCACGAUAUGUCUUUUACGGACCCUACAUUCUGAAUUUCUAGAGAGUGUCGUUCAUCUCUAGAACAAAACCAGCCAACGGUCAAGAUUGGCUGUUAUUUUGAAUAUCUCUAACCUUUAAACAGAAUAUAAGCUUUUGCUGGUGUAUUAUGUGGUUAUGAGUGCGGGUUUCGAGUUUGCCUUUAUCGUUAGCUUUCAAUUUUGUAGGUUAAGUACGUAACGGCCAUACUUGAAGGGCGUGGUAAGUUCGGCCUGAUGCAAUUCUGCCAGUUUUCUGAACAGAAUUAAUAGCGAUAAUUGAACUAAGUGCAAUUUGGUCUGAAAUAAUGCUCGUAAUUUCAAAAUUAAAUGUCCAUUUGGUAUGACUCCUUUAGUGUGUUUUUCUAUAACUUUGUAUCAUAAAUUUAAUUUUUGAUUGUAUCAGUAUUUACAAUGUAACUAUUGUAUUGUAGCCUUUUACUCAGAAGAAGAAUAAUGAUGUAGAAAAUUAAUUUAUUUUGCUUGUAGGCCUCAAAACCUCGGGAGACCUUGUGAGGGGGAAGAUACUAAAUUUGAACUUUGUAACACUGAGGUACGUUUUAAUAACGUCUGUUGCGUCAUCAAUAGCAUCGUAAAUGCUAUAAUAACCAACCAAUGACUGCUUACCGGCUAAAGAUAGCAGCAUGAAUAAGAGCCAACGUAUGCAAGUGACUUACAUCUACGAACUUGAGGACUUUUAAAGUCUACCAUAAUGGCUUGUUUAUCUUUUUGACCAGGACUGCCCUGGUCAGCUGUUAACGUUCGAGGCGUCAAGAAAUGAACAGUGCAAGAGACGCGCACCUUUGAUUUUACCAGAAAUUGCCGGCAACUGGGCAGCACAUGAUAUCUUUAAAGGUUAGAUCUCACUUUGUUCAGGUUUUGUUAUUGUCGUUGUUAUAAGUUUUCCUGCAUGCUUGCUUUCUCUUUUCCUUGUUUUUGUUCUUUUCUUGCGGAGUUCAUUCUUCAAGAAGUUAAAUUUUAUCUUUAAAUUCCUGACUUGCCCGCUGAUAUCAAGACCCUUUGGAAGUAUCUUUUUUAUGUUUUUAACUCGUAUUCUAAACAAUUCCGGAAACAAAAAGGUGGAAGACAUGUGGUACAAGCGUAAAUCAAAGAAAAACGAUCAAUAUGACUUUUCCGUAAAGAAGUGUUGUGUCUGUCGCUAGGAUCAAAAUGCUGAAGGCUUCCUGUGUGGAGAUGGAGUAAAUAGAUUUCCAGGCUGAGCUUGGUCCUCGGAAAACGAAAUGUUUCCAAGAUUAUUCUGAUAGGGAAUGAUAAUAUAUAUCGCGGGAAAAAUGUAUUAGUCUUGGUAUGACCUGCUCUAUGAUUUAACAGCCACGGCCACGGAAAAAAGGAUGAAUACUCUUGUAAUUUUCAGCGCUUCUUACCGAGUACCAUAGUUUUGGUUGCGUUUAAUUCUUCUUUCAGAAAUUUGCUCAAUGAUAAGGACUCCAUUUCCCUAAUGCCUCACGCUGUCGAAUUAAAGAGUAAAUUCAUCAAACCUUAUCUUUCCUGGCUAAUGCUGCUUUUUCAUUUCUCUUAAAAUCACUUAGCGAGCAUCGACUGUGACUUUGAGACUGGUCUGUGUGGCUGGACAAAUGAUGUUCAUGAUAAUUAUGACUGGAAGCACAACAAGGGUCGCACCCCGACCGCUGGUACAGGACCCUCCUCAGAUCACACAAAAGGAAGAGACGGUGAGGAAGGAAAAACCCAGCAUUUGGUUAUUACUGUAAUCCGCAUUACUUUUUUCCCUUUUCUAGUCAUUGCUAUUUGGUAGUAAGGUAAUUUGAUAUCAUCAACUGAGUUGAUAACGUAAAUUGGCCACCGUAAAGAGUUCCAAAGCGGACGUUUCGAGCAUUAGCCCCUCUCAGAGGGAAUAACGUAGGGCUAACGCUCUAAACGUCAGAUUUGAAACUCCCUACGGUGGCCAAUUUACGUUAUCAAUUCAGUUGAUAAUACCAAAUUACUGUGUUAUACCCUCCCACCGACGCAGCAGUACAGUUUCUUUAGAAACUUACCCCUUCAUUGUUAUUGUGUAGUGUUAAAUUCUGCAAGCUGGUUAAAAUGAAGACAAUUUUGGCUCUUAGAAGUUGGUUGUUCUUCUGCAUCCAAUAUUAGCUCCGUUUUCAUUAACUCUUUAAUCCCUGAGGGUGACUAGAAUCUUAUUUCUCACUAAGGUAUCAUUACUGAAUCCAACAUAAAGGCUUAUGAGAAUCAAGGGAACGAUCACAAACUUGGACAACUCUUGAUUUUUAUGUCAUAGAUAUGAUUUUUUUUUAAUUGAGGUAUAUUUUUUUAAAAUAUGAGGCGCUUCUUUUGACUGGUCUAGUUCCCUUACACAACCGCCGCGAGUUCUUAUGUGAUAAGCUUUUUUUGUCUUUUAAUUUUCUUCUUCCAUGUAUUUUUUUAUGUAUAUAUUUUUUUUUUAAUUCAGCCUAUGACUGCAAGGUUCUUGAUAAUAAACUAUCUAUCUAUCUAUCUUAAAAUAUGGCGUAAAUUUGCCUGGAGUAAAAUCGGAAUCAAAUAAGAACACUGAGCAGUUUUCUCAUCAACAGGGUUAUGUGACUGUUAACAUAUGUUUCUUCAUACUUUGCGUGUAGGCCAUUACGUAUUUUUGGAGACCUCUCGGCCUCUUAACCCUCGAGACAAGGCCCGUUUGAUCAGUCCGUAUAUAGGACUUAAGGUUGCAUGUCUAAAGUUCUGGUAUCAUUCGUUUGGUGACAAUGCACAUAUGGGAGAGCUUCAACUUAUCAUCAAAAGCGACACAGUGAGUAUAAUUCUGAAUGCACGAAUGACUUACAUGUGGUGGUGAAAUCAAAUAAUCCUUGCAGUUAAAUCGCGUCAAUUUGAAGUCCUUAAUGUUUUUUUUUUUCCCCGAACUCUUAUGACCAGUUUGAGUUCAGAAGGUGUGUGUAAAUAAUGUAACAGCAACUUGUCGUCAAGGAAGAAAAGUUCCUCAACCCGAUCCGAAUCAAUGUCAGUUUAGGGUGGUCAAGCGAAAGAAAAAAAAACUUGUGUACCGUUCAUAGGUUUCUUAUUUAGUCUCGAGCCUAGAAACAUGACAUGUGGCUGCUUUUUUUUUUCAGAGAUCCGGUGCCAAAAGAAGCAAACUUUUUGACAUACUGUGCGGUUCUUUUCUUGAUAUUCUACGAUAAACUUUUAUUCAAGCAUUUCUUCAUUUUGCAGGGCGAAAAAAUUGUCUGGACGGUUAACAGGAAUAGAGGAGACAAUUGGGUAUGGAGGCACGUCACGAUAUUCAGCAAGAGGCCAUAUAGGGUAAGUCUGAGAGGUUUAACCCUCAAACAUCCAAACAUCAGUAUGUGUAUUCUCCAUAUUUUCUUUAUACAUUUCCUAAGUUGCUGACAUGGAGAAUUUGUUUACCGAUCAAAAGCUUCUUUCGUUGGCGAUUAUUUCCUUUAUUCUCAUGACCACAAUGAGUGAUUCAGGGCUGAUAUUGUAGGGAGAAAUUAGAUGCUAGUCACUCUUAGGGCUUAAAGGGUUAAAGCAGACUAUGAUUAGGAAUGAAGUCAUAUCUUCAAUUUUUAAUUAAAUAUUAACUUCCUUUUCUUCAACUGACUUUGAAGGUAACUUUUCACAUCUGAUCACAGGCAACCACGCUAUGUUUUUCUUAUUCUUUUGCGCCUUUCGUUCCCAAGAACGAAAGCGACGUAGAAAGGAGUGACAAAGAUGCAUCCAAACCAUAAGCCGGUCUCUUUAAUUUCCCAAAUCAAUAUUAGCAACGCAUGGCAGUCUUCGGCUUAUCUCAGAACCUAAGCAAUUCGGACAAUCGCAAGGCUCUAGAGAAAAAAAACGACAGAUGUCAACGAGAGAACUUCGGAACCUAUUAUUAGCUAAGCGUGGACCAUGUAAUCAUGAACGGAGGCAUAAAAGAGUUUACUCGCUGCCAUUAAUCAAGACUAACAGAUUUAAGAACUCAUUUAUUAUGCGCAAUGCAGUCAGGGCCACUUGAUAGUCCAAAUUUCAUUAUUAUAUUUGCCGUAUGUAUAUAGAUUAUCCAUUAUUUUUUUAAAACAUGUAAUUCAGCCUCACGACUGCCAGAUAUUAUUUUAAUAAACGACUUAUCUCUCAAAAAAUUAUCUUUCAAACCGGUCUUCUUAAUACCUGCAGUAUCUACAAACGUUUUUCAUUCUACUAAUUCGUUCUUGUUUUUAUGUUACCAAGUUUCCAUCAAUAGAGUGGCUCCAUUUUUCUGCAUAUAAAACACACACAACCCACAAUUCCUCCAUUCGCUCUGCCAAAGGGCUAACGCUCGAAACGGCAGCUUUAAAAACUCUUUACGGUGGUUAACUUACAUUAUUCACACAUUUGAUAUGUAAUAUCUCCACUGAACUAGCAAAACAGUAUCUUUAGAAACUACUCCCUUUCUUGAUUAGCACAUAGUCUCUUCCGCAUCGCUCUACACAUGUUCAGCCUCGUCACAUCCAACGCCCUCUUUUCCUGAGAAGAAGUUAGGUGCGCAGACUCGGCAGUUGCUUGUCAGACAUGAAGAUGAUAGAUUUUCGAGCUCAUCAAGCCUCAUCAUUUUACCCAUCAUUUCAUUGUUGCAGAUCGUAUUCCAAGGAGUGAGAGGUGACGGAUACCUCAGUGAUUUCGCUUUGGAUGACAUCUCACUUGAAAACAACCCAUGUGGCCUGGGAAUGAUGAGAUUCACAACAAUUAACAACAGUAUGUUCCUCUUCAGUAAAAUCCACCUCUAAGUAACAUCAGAAGUAAAUCUAAUCGUUUCUGUUUUAACUGAAUUGGGUGACUAUGAAAUGUUGCAUGGUAACAGUCUCAGUAAAACUUUUCUCUUUUUAUUCGUCUGACAUUUGUAGAUAGACUGAUAUUAAGGGUGUUUCAACCACACAGUACAUCAUUUGCUAACGACCACAUCUCUACAAAUACCACCUCACUACAAUAGCUACAUUUAUUGUCCCGGCCGAAGGUCCAUACAUACACACCUCUCUACGACGGCCACCUCUCGAGAAAGACAUUAGGCGCGUUCCAGCUGCGAAUUACCAGAAUAUAACAGUAAAUUAGUAACCGACAGUCAGGCGAAACGUGCGACGACUCACUCACUCUUGACGUUUGUAUGUGGUAAAAACAUCAGUGACUCACUCGGCUGCGCCUUAGGUGCCACCUUUUUGCUCUUACCACAUGUUGACGCCAUCUGGGAUUUAUUACUGAAAAGACUCACGACAACAUAAAAUCUAUUUUUUAUCACCUUUCUCUGACAGCACUUUUUUUUUCUUUUCUUAAGGUGUCCGUUGUAAGAAGGUUCGACUUUGAGUUAAGAUUAGUCUUGUUUUCUCUACAGGACUCGACCUCAAUCCUUGUCAACAGUUCUGUGAGGCAACUGAGAACGGCAAAAGGGUUGAUAUCGUACCACUGGACGUCGAAAACGGAACCAAAUGUAACGACGAUCUGACAUCGUUUGAUGUCUGUAUUCAGAGUAAAUGUCAGGUAAGUACCGUUUCGAUCAGCGUAAGCGCUGUUAACCUUUAAUUCCCGUGAGUGAUCAACACAGAAUUUCUCCUUACAUUAUCACAACAAUAUCAAGCAGACAAGCGAUGAGAACGAAAAAAAAUAUCAAUCAGGGGAUUGUUAGGUGAUGCAAUGCCAAAUUAUUAGAAAUAAUAUCAUAGGAAUUGUUUGGCAGACAAUGAGGAGAAUUACUAUUUAGAUCAUAGGAUUGAAAGGGUUACGGUAAAUAACCUCGUCAUUAUCUUAUUUAUCCUUUUUGGGAGAUACAGUCGCCCAAUGAUAAGCGAAUUUAACUAAUUGCGGAUAAAACUUUUCCCGAUCCAUAGAAAGUCGGAUGUGAUGGCAUCGUUGGAUCAAAUAAAACUCUGGAUAAUUGUGGCGUUUGUGGCGGCGACGGUCACUUAUGCACACCAAGUGAAGGAUCCAUCUCUUUGUUACCUAAAGAAGGUAUUCUAUCUUGCAAUCGAAUAAGGACCUUUCGUUCUUUAAAGAGUAGCGAAAAAAAAUUAGUUCUGGUGGAAAUCUUGCGGUAAUGAUGUGAACUGUUGUUCAAUAGAGGUUGACAAGAGUAAUUUAAUUGCGACGCAGAGUAACACUCGAAAUGUUAGCUUUGUUAUGAUUCUCUGGUUUAGUGAUCAUCAAUCAACCGAUAGCUUUACUUGCGUGCCACUAGUCCGAGGACACAGCAACGCAGUUUCUUCAGAAAAUAAGGACUUUUGGUCAUCCAUAAAGGCUGGUUUUGGUUACCUUCAUUUCAACUUACGUACCCAGUUGUUGCCUAUUUCUGCGUGUUAUGUCUUCUAAAAGUUAUCACGUGUGUCUUCUAUUGUAACUAUUUUGUUUUUAACAUCUCAGAUCUUCAGACAUUACUCGAGUGUCCGGUGGGGUCAACCAACAUUAUGUUGGAGGACACAUCCCCCAAUUUCUUAGGUUAGUAUUUUGCAUGUUGUGGUUCAUAUUGGGCAAACAUUAUCUCUAAAUAAAUAACGGCUUAUGGUUAAUCCUCCAAUUUCAAAGCAGUCAUAAAUCAAAGUUCCACGAUCUUAUAAACCCAACACUUUACCGUGAAAGAAAACUUUCUGUAUUUAAGGUAAUCUUCGCAUGUCCAUACAAGUGACUCAUUAAACGAGAGUUGAUUCUCGAAGCGUUAGGUACACACGUAAAAGGAAGGAUAACAUGUAGAUUGAGUCUUUUGUAUGAAAACCCGCCUCUGUCAGGAAGCUCGGUACAAAGAAGUGGGCGUCCUUAUGAUUUUUUCGCUUAUAAUGGUUGCAUUUCGUAACGAUGGUGAGGCGUAUUUUUCGUGUAAAACGUUGAAAAGAAUUGCAACAAACUAUCACAGCAUGAUUGAUUGAUCAACAGUUCUAGAAGCUAUGGGUGCAGAGAAACAGUAUUUGAAUGGGGCCGAGGUGAAAUCCGUCUCCUCGGUGUACAAAUUUGCUGGCGCGAAGUUUAUUUAUACACGACAUGGAAACAAAGAGAGUCUCAAUGCGCUGGGGCCUCUCACGGAUAGGAUCAAAGUGAAGGUUAGUCUAUAAAUUCAAACAGGUAUCAAAACAUUUGAACGUGACAAAAUACGUUUGAUUGCUCAACCAUGUCAACAUUGGUUAUUAUUAAGACGCAUCCCACGGGCACCAAUUAGGGAAUACAAAAAUAAAGUUAGUAUCUGUGGAAGAAGUGAAAAUGGAGUUACGUAGUUUCUAAGAGUGGUGUCCGAAAAUUUGUCUGAUUUUAAAUGAUAUUGUGGGCCUGAUUACAUGAGCCGGGUUGGCCUAGUUUUGCCAGGUUUUGACGAGAUCUCGUCACUUUUGUUUAACGUAACAAAAAUCAACUUCGUGAUUACAUGAAAUUAUGACGAUGAUUACAGAAAAAAAAUGAACCGUCAGCCGUAGAAUGGCCAAAAUUUAAACGGUUAACCAUCACCCUAUUAAGACCCUCCACUUAUCGCUCACGAACAAGAAGUAUGUGGUUACUUUAUACAUAUACUCUUAAUCAAAUACAACACUUAUAGUUUACCCUCCACCUGUGAUAUAACGUAUCAAAAUAAUAAAUUCACGAGCCUCAGGAUGACAUGGAACCUUUCUUUUGGAACAUCUCUUAACAAGGGAUGUUAACUUCUGUCCCAGCAAGAAUAAUGUUCCUGUAACUCCUUUACCUGUAAUCCACACUCAAGGAACACAUCUGUGCAGGGAACACUUUCUCUAGUCCCGAUGGUAUCCACCUUACAGAGGAUCCUACUGUAGCGAGAACUUGAUAAUUCUUAGUAUGUAAGAUGAGAUUCAAAUAUCCAUUUACAGUGCAGUUACCCAGGAGAGUUUCCUAAGUUGUUCAAAUUAGUACUCGUUCUUUCCCCGGCUACAACUGUUCAAUUAAAUUCAUUCAGAAAGAAAUGCUCUGUUGUUGCAGGUAAAGAUUAGUGAGUCACCAGCGCCUGUAACUCUGCGUUAUUCGCUUAACAAACCAAACAGCAAUGAAAGUGAUUUCUAUUGGUCUCAUCUCAAAUGGUCUGAAUGUUCCAGAACCUGCGGAGAAGGUUUGUAAAUUAACAAUAAUAAAUGAAUUUUCCGGGUUUCACUUCAAGGAAAGAGAAUGCUAUUUAGGUUGUUAAUUUUAGCGAAUGCAAAGAAUUUAAGAGAAUUUUAAACGUGAGCUGAGAGUUGACAACGAAAUCUGUUUUUUUCUAAAUAGAGGCAGGAGUUAGUGCAUUUCCUUGCUUGUGAAAAUGAUGACUCUUCAGUUUGGUAAAAGUGUAACACUUAAGCGCGCAUCGAUCGGUUAGUCGAGCUGCACUUGCCAAUUCAAAUUACCUACCUUUUCUGCUCUAACUCAAAAAUCAAUAUCUUCUCUAUUUUUAAGGGAUACAAACACGCAUAUACAGAUGCCUCAAAAGAGAAGACGACAAUGAAGUUUCAGAAAAAAACUGCUUUACCGUCAAUAAACCCGAACCUUUGACCAGACCUUGCAAUUUAACAGCAUGUGAGAGGUAUGAAAGCAGCUAUUUAUCUUGCCUCAGGAUUCAUUUUCUAAUUAAGGUUAAUGUUAAUGUUUUUCCAUGUCCUAUAUCUGUAACCACUGCAACACAAAUUUAUCAAAACUGUACUGAUAGAAGUGAACUUUUUGCGGAAAGAUUUUUCAGUUCUUGUGAAACAAAGGCUAUUCUGCCUUACGCAUAAAAAUCCGCAAAAGUGAUUCGCAUUGUGGUAUCAUAAAGUCUUGAAAUGAUAUUUUGCUAUGGUCAGCAAACAUCAAAGAGGCAGGAAUAAAUUAUAAAGGUCUAUGAUAAUAAAUGAUGGUAAAUAUUGACAUGUAUUGGUAAUAACUUAGUUACAAGAUCUUGGCCAAGAUUUUGCGAUGUACAAGCUGUCUUGUAAGUCCAGGAACCCUUUAGGCCUGACCAUCAGUAUGCAUAUCCUCCAUACUGUCCUCUUAACAUUUUCUUUGGUACUGUCGCUUGGUCACGAUCAAGAGCUUCUUCAAUUACCGAUCAUAUUCCCUAUUCUCAUUACCUUCACGUUUGAUUCAUCUGUAAUACUUGAAGGAGAAAUUAGAUGGGUAUGAUCACUUCUGUGGUUGAGAAUCAGCUCUACAAUUAACUUGUGUGAUUCAGGUAUGAAUGGAGGGUCUCUGAGUGGAGCGACUGUUCAAAGCCAUGUGAUCGUGGAAAGCAAAACCGUACUGUAGAAUGCAAAGGUGUCUUGGGUAAAAUGCUGGUUAACUCCUCACUUUGUACAGCGGAUAAACCUGAAAUCGAACAAAUAUGUAACGAUGAUUCGUGUCCUGCAAAGUGGGUUACAGGAAACUGGUCAGAGGUGGGUGAUUACGUUUGUUACAUAGUUAACAAUUAUGAAAGAUGCUGCCUCAGAUGUUCAGUCAGUGACAACUUCUUUUUCGGAAAGCUACACUGUAUUGAAAACUGCCCCAGAGGAUACGUAUUUUGGUGCUUGAAUAGACUAACUGUUCAUUCUAGUACUGAGUGAUUUGAUUUUUUUUUCGGUCCAAAGUGUUCACGAACGUGUGGGAGCAGUUACCAGUCUCGCUCAGUAGAGUGCCGCGAUAUACUGGGGGCCUUGUCUUUGAAUUGUCCAAGGGAAACAAAAGAAGGCUCUAUUAGGAGAUGUAGGAAAGAGCCAUGUGCAGGUGAAGGUGAGUAUUCAGGGUGCAUGUCACGCAUCUCAGAGUAGUUAGAGCAUCUAUAAAAAUUGAACUUAGAUAUUUCGAGUUCAACAUAUGGCUGUUCUAUACUCGUUCCAUUUCAGUUAAGAAUAUUCUUCCCUAAUUUGUGCCUCGCUGGCAAAACCGACUAACUUCUUCAAAGGAGCGGAAAAUACUGCUAGGAGCAACCGUAUACGCUGUACUAAUAUGCUAUGUUUUUUUGCCCUCAUUUCUUUCAGAUUUUGUCAACAUUUCAUGUACUUUCGAGCAAGGUCUUUGCGGUUGGGAGAAUGUACGUGGAUCUAGUCUAGAUCAAUUUGACUGGACUCUGUGGAACGGCAGUACACCAAGUAGGAAGACAGGCCCCUCCGUAGAUCACACUCAUGGGACAUCCAAAGGCGAGUCCCUCAACUCUUGGCACUGUAUUUUAGAUGUAUCUUUAGUAUUCUGUAAGCGACUUUUGGUAAUAAACUUUCUGAGGAAUUUAGUAACGAUUUCGGAGAUAUGUUUUAUCAUGCAACUACACCAGUAAUGUUGUGAGGUCUGGAAAAAGCUUUGAAAGAAGUUCAGCUACGACUGUAGGCUAAACUCACGUCUUCCAGUUUCCUCCUUUCGGAUACUGCAACGCGCUCUCAAUAACAUUGAGACAGACAGAGUUAGACAGACCAUGCCAGCUGACAGGCUAACUGAUGAAUAAUUAAGCAGCUCUGAGGCUGGCUAGUUGACUGACUGACUGACUGACUGACUACUUGAUUGAUUUCUGCAGGUUUUUACGUUUACAUAGAGGCAUCAGAUCCACAGAAACGAAAUUAUCGCGCCAGGUUAGCAAGUCCACUGGUGAAGGCUAAAAGAGUGUGUAUUGACUUCUGGUAUCAUAUGUACGGGGCAAAUAUGGGCUCGCUCCGGGUUAUCCACAGGAACCCAAAAUCCAGAAGAGAACGGCGAUUAUGGUAUAAGUCGAAAAACCAACUCAAUGAAUGGCAUAAUGAGCGACUUCUCGUCUCAUCUUACUUGCCUUAUCAGGUAAAAUGCAAUGCCUUGUGUGGCUCAUGUGAGUUUAAGAGUUUUCGUGAGGAGAAUAGUAAGCUCUUUCUAGACGCUUAUUUACAAAAAUUAAGGUGCCACCGUAGCAAGACGAACAGUUCUGACCAGUUCUUUAAAAUUCUGCUGUGCAGAAAAAAAAAGAAAAACUAAGUAUCGUGCCUAGUCAAUCACAAAGGAAUUUCCUUUAGUUGGGAAUCUUAUAAUCUCUCUCUAAUUCUUCUGGCUAGUAACAUGACACAUGAUUCUCUUUACUACCAGAAAGAGCGUAAACACUAACACGAUUUGGGCGAAACACCAAGUCUACUGUAGUACCUGGUCAUUGAUAAGGUGACAUACCGUUGCAUUGACAUAUUCUUUGUUUUUAUUCUUAGAUUAUAUUUGAGGCAGUUCGAGGUAGAGGAUUUUCCAGUGACGUAGCACUAGACGAUAUUAAAGUGUCGAGCGGUAGCUGUCCUUCCAAAAAUACCAAAACACGUGGGUUUGUACAAUGAUCUGUUACAAAGUCGUUGCUAUUGCGCUCUCUUGCACAGAUCAUCAUAGCUUUCAGAAUAAGCUCUAAUUACAUAAAUUAAUUGCAUCUAAUUAAAUAAGCUUUGGAUGGAUGUGACAUGCAUUGUUUACGGCAUAACAAAAAAAUUUACUCUGAGUUGAUUCACUUUUCCUAUUAUCCUUAAGUAAUUUUUGAAGAAUUAGCUUGAACCGUUUUAUGUCUGGGGCACUCACUCGCCUGGCUUCAUUCAUUAUUUCGGCUUCCCCACAAAAAAUAACGUAAUAUUCACAAAUUUCUUUCUCUACCUGAAUUUUUUCCUUUUUUUAAUUUUCAUUUUCCCUAUUUUUAAAAUAUGAAGAGUGCUCUUUUUCAGUUACACAAAGUCUCUUUUUCGCCGGUCAACUUAACUUCUAGGAGCAGUCAAGUCUCGGAUUGUCAAUAGAUAAAUGAAAUUUCAACUGGUCACUCUUUCUAAAACGUCUCUAAUCAAAUCAACGCAGUUGCGUGAUUCGCACUAGCGUGACUAGUUUCAAGAACGUAACGCAAGUAGAGGUUGUAACUUUCUUCAGUUACUUAACGUUGUCUAUACGUAUUUCCCAUUUCAGCUCAAAAUCGGUGUAUCGGUGACCGGUCCAAAUACUGCAAAACUGCACUGCGUCUUAACUGGUGUUCUUCGAGGAAAUGGGGGCCAAUUUGCUGUAAGACUUGCGAACUGUAUGCACAGAGCGGAUCGAAAUGAUCUCCUUACACCACGAUACAGCAUCAUUCGAGCAAUUGCCUGUUUUGUGUUUAUUACAUAUGCAUUACGUAUUACAGAUGUAGAAUGCAAGAUUUGCAUAUGCUGAAAACGAAUAUCUGUACAGUAUAAACUGAAAACAAUUAUAUGAAAGGCAGUUAAGGAUAUUUAUCCAAAUCAAAUUGUAGGCAUUCUAAAGGCAAAAUUCAAACGAAAUUACUGAAUUAUACAAUUAUAUCCUAUAAACGAUUUUCUAUUAACAAACCAUUUUUGUGGGAAUUUAUCAAAUUGAGUUUACUGACAUGGAAGUGUCCUGGUUGGAAAAUCUUUCUAUCUUGAAUAACUGCAUGGUUCAGUUCAUAUGCAGAUGUACAAAUAGGUAGAUUUUUGUAAUUGCUGCAGAAAAUGAAAGUUAUUAAUGCCUUAGCCUUCCUUUUAAGAUGCCCUAUAAGGGGGUGUUGUUGUAUCAAAGGAUAGUGCUAAGUGUCCACAGCUAGAUAGGCUUCAAUUCACCCCUUAGAGCAUCCACUUAUGGAGCAAGCAAUGCUCACUCAUGAAGCCUAGCAUCAAAUGUACAGAAAAAGGACAUGUUGCCUAACUGUAGAACUUGUAUACCAUUUAGAGCUCAAGGUAGAGGAAAAUUAUGUACAUCAACAUUGUAUAGACUGUGGUUUUUAAAAGUGAUAUUAAAAAAAAUGGGCAAAAUAUAGA